CCCACGGAAUCUGUCACUAAACCACUGCGGAGGCCUCUUCAGUGAACUGUGGGUUCUCCGGAGGGAGUUUCCGCGGGCAGUCGAGCCCCUGGUGAUUAAGUAAAAUGGGACUAUCUACAAUGGUUCGCCCACCCUUAACCAAUCAAUGCGCUGACUGGGUAACAGGCCACGAAGUCCGGCGUUUCUUCCAGCUCUAGGGGGAGACAUUUCUCCCCCUGCCGCAGGUUGAGAGCAAGUCGCCAACUGAGGAGACGAGGCGAGAAGGCUUCAGGGAGACUUCUGAAUACUGAAUCUAUUAUUGAGGAGAAGCAAAAGGAAAUUCCUUUCCAUCGGGGUCAAUUGGGCACCCAUUUGUAGAAGCAUUUGCCCAGAGUCCUACUGGAAAAUUCUACAGUCAGUAUGGCUGAGAACCAGACAAGGGGUCGUGGCCACGUUGCGGACAGCCCCGGAGCAGAGUCACCAGCGUCUGCACCACGCCAAGACACCAGAAGGAAAAACCCGGACUCCGACGUUGAAGAGUUGCGCGUUCGCUUCAGGAAGUUUAGCAGGUCGGAUGAACCAGACCCGAUCAAGGCUCUGAGGAGACUCCGUGAACUCUGCGGUCUGUGGCUGAGGCCGGAUCUUCACACCAAGGAGCAGAUGCUGGACAGGCUGGUGCUGGAGCAGUUUGUGACGUGCAUGCCGCCGGAGAUCCAGGACUUAGUCAAAAGAAGCGGUGCCGAGACGUGUAAGGACCUGGAAGAGGUGCUGAGAAAUAAGCAGAAACUGAAGAAAUGGACUGUAGUCCGUGUCCGAGACCAGGAAUUUUUGAUCCAAGACUUGGGUGUUGAGAUAUUAGAAGUGGAGGUCAGAGACAUGCAUGAUGAGGGAGACCAAUCCAGGGAACCCCAGUCUACAGUCAGUGCCGUUGCUCCAGACGGGGGCCAGCGGGAAAGCCGGAAGGCGCAGCAGCUGCCAGGAGCUAAGGACCUGUCUAGGGGGCAGGACCAGAAAGCUCUCCUGCCAGAGACCAUUCCUGAAACAGGUGAACUGGAGGGUCAGACGGCCUCCAAGGAGAACUUGGAGAAGGACCUGCUGGAAGACACGGGAAUGAUAAGAACCCUUCCGUCUCAAGAGCCUGAACUUCUGCAGGAUUGUGAGGGAGACAUUUCCAUUACGAGUGGAUCCAGAAGAGGUCCUCUGAAGAAUCGCAGACAUGUCAAAAGGAAACGGGAUAGCAGUCCCACUUGCCAAGACAUGCGUCAAGAAGCAGCCACAUGCUUGGACCAAGGAGAGUUCUCAGGACAGCUUGGGUCCCAUUCCGUUGGUGCAUCUGGCACCGUGGGACCCACCAGUCUUCCUGAGGGAGCAGAAACCCCGGGACAGGCGCCCUCUGAAUGCAGGGUGUGCAAAAAGAGCUUUCUUUAUCAAUCUCAGCUUGCCGUGCACCAGAAGACACACACAAGAGAGAGGCCCUUUCACUGCGACAUCUGUGACAAAAGAUUCAUACAGCCUUCGGACUUGCGGGUUCAUCAGCGGAUCCACACCGGCGAGAAGCCCUACUGCUGUGAUCUCUGCCCCAAGAGGUUCACCCACGACUCCACACUGCGCGCUCACAAGAGGACCCACACCCAGGAGAAGCCUUUCCGCUGUGAGCACUGUAACAGAGCUUUCGGCCACCGAGGGAACCUCAGCGCUCACCAGCGCACCCACUCUGGGGUCAAGCCCUACGUGUGCCCCGAGUGCCACAGCGCCUUCCGUCAGCUGGGGACCUUCAGACGCCACCAGAAAAUCCAUUCCAGAUGAUUCACCCAGGACCCCACCGUCAGGCCCGAGGCUUUUCUGUUUUAAGGAGAAGAUUUAGCAUAAUUUGUCACCUGUGUGAUACAAAGUGUGGAUGACAUGCGAAGAGUUUAGGAGGAUACUGGAACCAGCAGGGUUCCGUUCGCAUGAAUUAGGAUAUUUGAGUGAUGAUUUAUUUUUCGUUUUGGAUUUUGUUUUCUGCUUUGCUAUAGACUAUAGUUUUCUUUUUCAUUUGUUUAUUUUCAAUUGGAAGAUAAUUGCCUUACAGUGUUAGACUAUGGUUUUCUCACAUGUUUUUGCUUUGUGCUGUUCUUGUUCUUCCAGUGAAGACAUGUUUCCCUGGUUAUCAGCACUUCAUCAUGAGAGUGAGGCUACUGCUGAUUGCCUUCUUGCCAGGCAUGAUUUCUUUGUAAAAUAGGAUGCUCCUGGCAGGACGGCUAGAUUAAAUACAGGCUCACCAGUGAAAUUUAAAUUUCAAAUAAACAAAUACAUUUCUAUCAGA